AUGCCCAAUCAUCCACACCAAGUGCAUUUAUGGAUUACACAAUGCGAUUGUAAAAUUACCAGAAUUGGAGAGGAGGAUGGAACACCAACAAGUGAUGAUAGUGGUAGUAGUGGAGCCGGUGCUGGUGCUAAUACUGAUGUUGAUGCUGAUACUGAUACUGACUCUUUUAAUGUCAAGACAUCACACCAGUGA